AUGUCCGCCACGCAGUUUGGGCCCGGCACUGUUUUCGAUGAAGACUUCAACAAGAGCCUCGACUUUGUGUCGUUUCAAAGUCCGAACGACAUCCUGGCUCCUCAUCCAGAUCUGUUCGAAUUAGAAUUGGAUAGCAACCUUGCUGGGUUCGACGAUGAGCAACUAGAACUGCUUGCAAUCGGUCAACACGAUGCAUACUCGCUGUUUCGGUCGGACACGCCCACGAGGGGGCCACCCUCAAAUAUCACGGCUUCGUCCGAGUCAGCCUACGACUCGUUGUCUUCCUACAGCGAAAGUUUCUAUAACUACCCCCAUUCUCCGCAGCCCCCAUCCAACUAUUCCUUCCCUCUUGACCUCGAGAUGGAUUUCCAGAGAAUCCGAGUAGACGCCGUAUCAGAAUACGCAGUAGCCAAUGAUGCCGCAGCAACAACAAACUCCCGCAUUUCCUUUGCACCAACUACGGCGGGUGACACCCGCAGCACAAAAAUUUACUCAAAAGCCUACAAUCCUAGGGCUACCUUCUCAGAUUACGGUCCUUCCACUCGCCGACCAUCUAUCCCGGUCGACAUCUACGGCCAACUAGAUUUCAACGGUCCCGGUCCAACCGUUUCUCCAUCUCACAUAUCAACCCAGCUCCCCACAAUCCCUGCCGGACAGAUGGCCCAUGUUCCAGAGGAAGAAGAUUACAAGGUUGAUGACACUCGUCGGAAAUUCAAGUGCCCGUCAUGCCCUCGAGCAUUUGCACGCGCCUAUAACCUCAAAACUCAUAUGGCUACACACGAUCCCAACCGCACCAAGCCUUACGUGUGUUCACAUCGCUCCUGUGGUCGCUCUUUCAGUCGGAAGCACGAUUUGGGCCGUCAUUUAGUCAGCAUCCAUCGCGAUGAGUCUCAGCAACGUGAAGGCUCCGUCUGCUCUUCCCAUCAUUCCAUUGGGUCCAAGCAGUCUAUCGGAGUAGAACAAGACAUCUUUGAAUUCUUCUACCGCCUCCGCAGCUCUUGGGCUCACCGCAAAUACACACUGCGGCCCUGUUCUGUGUCACUUCCUGCGUCACUCGAUGAGGCACGUAUCGUACCGCUCUGGAGAAAUUCCAUGGCCCAGCGACGAACGUGUCCUCGAUGUGAAAUUUCCUCUGUUAUCCCUAGGGAAAACUCUUAA